AUGGACGAAAGCAAGGCUGUACAGUAUCUGGAGUCGCUCAUCGGGAGAACACUUCGAGUGCACGCGACAGAUACGCGGAUUUUCGUGGGCGUCUUCAAAUGUACAGAUGCGGCUCGGAAUAUCAUUCUCGCCAACACGCAUGAGUAUCGCUAUCCAACAACAGCCGCUGUCCAAGAUGCAGCCCUGAACACGACGCCGGAAACUCCGAAAGAAUCACAGAAGCUAAAAUUAAAUAUGACGAGUCGAUUCAUUGGUCUCGUGGUGGUGCCCGGUCAACACAUCACGAGCAUAGAGCUGGAGGAGACCCCGCAGAGUCGGAAGGCAUCUGCAACCGUAUCGUGA